AUGAUGUGUGGCAGGCAGUGUGAGACAGGUAGCAUCUGGAUGACUCCAGACAAUCUCCUGCACAUCAUGAAGCUUAUACAACCUCAGAAAGUUGGUAUUCCAAAUAUUGAUGUGCUGUUCUCGAUUUCAGUGCACGAUCACCAAGUUAACAACGUUCAAAGAAAAGCAAGAUGCUGGGGUAUUUUAUGAAGGAGAUACAACAAUUGGUCUGAACAAGCCAGUUUUGGCAUGCAUCUUUCAUCCCACCAGCGGCAAGUUGGAGAUCCGUCAAUGAGUGAUGCCCAUGUAGACUCUUGAGUAAGAUACACUCUCUAUGCUAUUCCACCUUAUCAUCAGAAGCGUAAUUUUCAUAAACAAUUCCAAGCCCUUGACAACAUGGAGAGAGAGCAAAAACUUCCAGAGAGAAGAAAGGAGGGGAACAGGCAGGAUGGGACUUCAGGGAGCUGGUUCAAGAUCACUAUUCCAUUUGGCACAGAAUAUGAUGAGAAGUGGCUGCUGAAUUUGAUUCAGAGCCAAUGCAGUGUCCCCUUCACAGCAGUUGAGUUUCACUAUGAGAAAAGGCAGGCCCAGUUCUUCGUUGAGAAUGCCAGCAUGACCUUUGCAUUGAAGAAUAUCAGUGGCAAGAUUUGGGAUGAGGAUAACAAAAAGAUAUCAGUAUUUGUCAGCCUCUCUGAUGUACCAUGCUCUAUGCAGGAGCUGAAGCCUGAAAAGGUGGAGCAGAUAAAGCUGACCACGAACAAAAAAUGUGACAUCUCCCAGCAAGCUCUUGGAAUCCAGGGACUCCCCUUUGGCUCAGACUUGAUGACCCGUGGCAUUGAAAUGGCAAUGAAUCCUAGAAAAUGCAUGGCUGCCUCCCAGCAGAUCCAUGAAGAGAACAUAACUAAGGUGGAGUUUGCAAGAGAGACGAACAAGGGGAAAGAACUGCAGCCAGAAGAGAUAUGUGCAGACAGAAACCUCCCGUGCACUACCUUCCUGGUAUAUAAGUCCAACAACAUAAACUCCAUCCUGGAAUUGUUCCCCAAGUUAUUAUGCCUGGAUGACGAGGAGUCACCGAGACCAACCUUCUAUGGCAUUGAGGCCCACAAAAGGUUACCAACCUGCAAGAGAAGCUUCUUUGGAUCUGAGACACUGAAGAGUCUGGUACUGCAGUUCCUGUAGCAGUAUUACUUGAUCUAUGACUCUGGUGAUCGAAAGGAUCUCCUUGCAGCUUACCACAAUGAGGCCUGCUUCUCUCUGACCAUUCCCUUCAACCUCAAACACCCAGCCCCGAUCAGCUUGUGCAAGUACUUCAAGGAUGACAGGAAUAUGAAGAAGCUGAAGGACCCCUACCUGGGGAGGUAGCUGCUGAAGCACACAAAACGUGACAUCGUGGACUCCCUCAGUGUGUUGCCCAAAACUCAGCAUGAACUCAGCUCCUUCGUGGUGGACAUGUGCAUCCAGAUGGAAACGAUUCUCUGCUCUUCUGUCAACGGGGUAUUCAAGGAAGUAGAAGGAAAGUCACAGGGUUCUGUUCAUGCCUUCACUCGGACCUUCAUCACUAUCCCUACCAGCAAUUCCAGUCUGUCCAUUGUGAACGAUGAGCUAAUUGUGAGGAAUGCUAGCACCAAAGAGACGCAGAGUAUCUUCUCCAUCCCAAUGCUCACAUCCUCCUCCAGCUCCAUGCACACCCUCUCCAAGGAGCAGCAGGAAAUGGUGCAGGCUUUCUCCACCCAGUCUGGGAUGGGCCUUGAGUGGUCCCAGAAGUGCCUUCAUGACAACCACUGGGACUAUAGCAGAUCUGCUCAGGGUCUUGCUGUGCCUAAGAUGGACAUAUUUUUUAGAGGCCACUCUUCAACCCCCUACAUUGUGCCCUCUGGCCCUGAAAAUUCCCAUCCAUCUUAUGUGAAAACUGCAUUCACCCCAUUCCACCAUCUUCAAAAGUUGACACAUCCCAGCCUCAACUAUUGGAGAGGACCGAGAAGACUGGCAGGGCUGUGCGCGCUCAGGCCCCGCACGCAGACAGGCCGGGGUAAGGAGGCUGUGCGCGCGCAGGCGGCGGGGGGCGGGGGAGGGUUCCUGCUGCACUCGCCUCCUGAAUUGGGGGGCGAGCUCGGCGCUGACGCGCGGCCCUCACGUGACCUGGAGCUGCAGAGCGACGACGCAGCCUUCGGUGCAGUCGUCAUUCCCGUCUGGCUACCAGCUCCCCGCUGCCCUGCGCACGGCGGGCUGGCACGGGGCCUGGGGAAAGCGGAGCAGGUAAGGGCCCCGGCCCCGCUCGCGGAGCCCUGGGCUUCGGCUACUUACCCACCCCCGCGGCGGACGCAGGGGAACAGAGCAGCGGGUCCCGCAGCUUUCUCCACACCCCAGCAUUCUUGGGAACAUAAUGGCGUGGGGAUCAAGGGGUGGCAGGGGUUUCAGGGGGGCAGCACAGCAACCAAGAGCGACGGGAAGUCACUUUCGACUCCCUGCAGGAAAUCGGUGAACACAGCGGGGGGUCGGGGCAGCUGA